AUGAAAGAAAGUAGCCGGAAACAAGGAGCGGCGUCACCGUGCGCGGCGUGCAAGCUUUUACGGCGGCGAUGUGCUCAAGAUUGCGUUUUCUCGCCGUAUUUUCCGGCGGAUGAGCCACAGAAAUUCGCUAAUGUUCAUAGAGUGUUCGGAGCUAGCAACGUUAACAAGAUGCUUCAGGAGUUACCGAUCCACCAGCGAGGAGACGCGGUGAGCAGUAUGGUUUACGAGGCUAAUGCGAGAGUGAGAGAUCCGGUUUACGGUUGCGUAGGGGCAAUUUCGUCUCUUCAGCAACAAAUCGAUGUGUUGCAAGCUCAGCUAGCUUUAGCUCAAGCCGAGGUGGUGCACCUACGUGUGCGCCACUCGGUUAAUUUUCCGGGCCACGGAUUGUGCCCGGAUAGCCCGAGUAGUAGCGGAUCGCCGUCGUCGAAGCAAGUUAGCCCUCAGGACAACAAGGGCAUGUUUAGCCAUAUGGACAUGGUGGAUGAAGCCAGUUUGGGAGAGUCUAUGUGGUCUUGCUAG